AUGGAAGCUUUAAAUGUACUAAUUGCAAUAGGUCUCAUUCACUGUUCGCUAUUUUUUUUUGACACAAUUUUUAAGGUACAAUUUAUUAAGACAAAUAUUUUAAAUAUUUUUUAAAACAUAAUUUUAAAAUUAUAAUUAAAAAAGAAAGAAUAUUCUAACUAUUUUAAUAUUUCAUGAAAUUUACAAAUAAUUAUGAAUACUAUUUAUUUUACAGACAUGUUCACAUUAUCCAUACUUUUAUUUUUUGAAAAACACUGGUUUAGAAGUUCAAAUAUUGAGAAUAAAAUGGUUUACUACAGCAUUUAAUCGUAAAAUAAUUAAAUGGGGCAUGGAUCGUUCUAAAUUUUGGACUGCUUGGUUCAAUGCAGGAGUAAUUAUUAGUGUCAUUAUUUUGCCCAUUGCUAUAAUUGUAAUAUUAAGAAUGACAUUCAAUAUUUGGUCUAAUGGGCCAUCUCUUGAUAAUUCUAAUUCUGAACCUUUAUUAGAACCUAUGUUACCUGGUAUAGAUGUGCCCUUUAAUGAAAUUGGAUAUUAUAUUAUUACAUUAGCAGUCUGCAGUAUUAUGCAUGAGUUAGGACAUGCAUUGGCUGCAGCAAGAGAGGAUGUUCAGUUAUUUGGUCUGGGAAUAUUAAUUGCUUUCACAAUACCCAUAGCUUAUGUACAUAUAAGCAGUGAACAACUUAGUUUAUUACCAUUAAAAAAUCAAUUAAGAGUUACUUGCGCAGGAAUUUGGCAUAACAUAGUACUUGCUACAAUAGCUGCAACUAUUCUCAUGCUUUCCACAUGGUUUUGGGCACCAUUUUAUACAGUUGGAAAUGGAAUUUAUGUAAAAACUAUUUUACCUAAUUCACCUGUACUAGGUCCAACAGGACUCCUUGAACAGGAUCUAAUAUAUGAAAUAAAUGAUUGUUCUAUAAAACGUACUGAAGAUUGGUAUGAUUGUAUAUUAAAUACAGUUAAUCAACCAGCUCUUGGAUACUGUGUUAAACAAUCAUUUAUUCAGGAAUAUGAUGAAUCAGUUCCAUCGAAACAGACUAAUGGUGUUAUAAACUGUUGUACAUCAGAUAGUGAAACCACUGGAAGUUUAUGUUUUGAAUAUAUAGAAGGACCGCAAGCAGCUCCUUUACAUUUACCUCCUCAUUCUUGCCUUCCAGCCAGAACUAUGAUUAAUCAAUCACAAAAUUUUUGUCAUGCUAGUCAUGAAUGUGUAUUUCAUGAUACUCAUUGUUUAAGACCUUCCCUUGAUAAUAUUACCAAGAUUGUUCAAAUAAAGAGAAGAGAGGGAAAGGAUGUAUUAUUUUUUGGACAUCCGGCAGAUAUUUAUCGAACUGUUGAUGUAUCUGAUUGGGUACCUAAAUACUCACUUUUAAAUCCCAAAUUACCAGAAUCUUUAACACUUCUUUGCAAAUAUAUUACAAUAUUUUCUGCGGGAUUAGCAAUUAUUAAUAUUGUGCCUUGUUUCUUUUUGGAUGGACAAUAUAUUAUAAAUAUACUUAUACUUUAUUUAUUAAGUUCUACGCCCCACAAUAAAAAUAUUAGACAAACCGUUAUAUUAACAAUAACAAGUAUAGGUACAUUAUUUCUUACUAUAAAUUUAUUGUAUUUACUUAUGAAUAAAUUAUUAUAAAUAAUAAAAGGAUAUUGUUAAUAUUUGAAAUUUCUAUUUAUAAUACAAAGUACACUGUAAUGAAUUACAUUUCUAUAUAACCUUAAUGCCACUUUGUAUCACUUUUUUAAAUAUUUUAAUAAAUCUUACUCUAUUUAAAUAUUUUAAUAGUCUCAUUUGAAAAAUUAUUUACAUCUUUGGAACAGAUUGGACCACAUAGGAAGAUUAUAUUAUAUAUUUUUAUAUUUUUUAAAGAUAAGUUAUAUUAAAUAUAAUAUGUAAAAUCUAUCCAUUUUCAAGCACAAUAUAAAAAUAAAGCUAAUGCUAAAUUCUGAUAUGACAAAAAAGCAGUUAUUAUUUAUUAUUCCUACUUUCAACGCAUUGUUAUGAUUAUAGUUAUUAUGUAACAAAAUUUAACUAUUGUUGAAAAAUAAAUGAAAAUUAUAUACUUUUAUUUUAUAUAUAUAUAUAUAUUUUUUUUUAUACUUAUAUAUUUUGUAUAUAUAUAUAUAUUUUUUUUGUUGUUGUUUUGAUUAUUAUCUAUUAUGAAAUUUUUUUAUAUUUAGUACUUUUUAGUUGUAGUCAUAUAA